AAUCCUGUGGGCCGUCCUGCCGUUGCUGCGGUAACCGGGGGUGGAGGUUAUCCCCUUGGCGGGAGAUUGAGGGGAGAAGCAGCGCGAGCGAGAGGCUGAGAUAACAGUAACUAAAUAAAUGACUUGGAUGAAGGGAUUGAAGAUAAAAUGCAGGUUGCAAGAGACAAGCCAUUUGGCGGCAGUGGUGAUGGCAAUCGGCCACAGGCGAAGAGGCUCCGUGGAGAUUGGGAUGAUGAGGGACCGUCACAGUUUGAAGAAGAGCUGGCGUAUCUGGAUGAAGUGGAGGCAGAAAUGGCAAUGGAUGCCAAGGAAGUUCAGGCAUCGAAUGAUGUAGUUCCAAUUGGAAACCUGUUUUCUUCCAAGGUUAUGAACAACAAAUGGCAGCGUCCACCAGCACCCAAAAUUGACCCAAAAGUGGAUACAAUCACCUUCCAGCAGAUGGAGCUGGAGCACUACGUGGGAUCCUAUGUUGCUGGAAUGCCUGGGAAUAAACAGGGACCAGUUCCUGUUACCCGAAUGUUUGGAAUUACAAUGGAAGGGAAUAGUGUCUGCUGCCACGUACAUGGAUUCAUGCCCUACUUCUAUGUAAAGGCACCACCUGGUUUUGGUUCAGAACACCUCCAUGAUUUUCAGCGGGAGCUGAACGCAGUUGUGAUUAAGGACAUGAGAUCAAAUAGGGACAACAUUUCACAAGUGGUUCUGGCAGUUGAUAUUUGUCUGAAGGAGAAUAUGUAUGGCUAUGGAGGAAACACUAAGAUGCCGUUUCUGAAGAUUACAAUGGCGCUACCUCGUUUAAUUGCCCCUGCGAAACGCUUGCUAGAACAAGGAUUCCGCUUUGGUUCAACCCCAAUGUGUAACUAUCAGUCAUAUGAGGCCAACAUAGACUUUGAAAUCAGAUUCAUGGUGGACAGUGAUGUUGUUGGCUGUAACUGGAUAGAAUUACCUGCUGGAAAGUACUUGUUAAGGGAAGAACAGACGCCAGGAAACUCUACUACAACAAGGGACAAUCCCAGAAAGGUGACUUUGGCACAGAUUGAGGUGGACGUCGCCUGGACGGACUUCAUCAGCCAUCCUGCCGAGGGCGAGUGGCAGAAAAUCCCUCCACUUCGAGUGCUGAGCUUUGACAUAGAGUGUGCUGGCAGAAAGGGUAUUUUUCCAGAGGCUGACAAGGACCCUGUGAUACAGAUUGCUAACAUGGUGCUGCAACAGGGUGAAAAGGACCCCUUCAUCCGUAAUGUGUUCACCCUUCGGUCUUGCGCCGGCAUCGUGGGCUCACAGGUCCUGUGCUUUGAGAAGGAAAACGAGCUGCUGAAGGCUUGGUCAGAGUUUGUCCGAGUGGCUGAUCCUGAUAUAAUUACUGGGUACAACAUUCAGAACUUUGACUUGCCAUACUUGAUCAACCGGGCGCAAGCACUCAAGGUGACAACAUUCCCAUUCCUGGGUCGUAUUCCUAGCAUUAAAUCUAUAAUCCGAGAUUCUUCGUUUCAGUCUCGGCAAAUGGGCCGUAGAGAGAAUAAAGUGAUCAACAUAGAAGGAAGAGUGCAGUUUGAUCUCCUACAGGUGUUAUUACGAGAUUACAAACUGCGAUCGUACACACUCAACGCAGUAAGUUUCCACUUCCUGCAGGAGCAGAAGGAAGACGUUCAGCACUCAAUCAUCUCAGACCUGCAGAAUGGUAAUGAGCAAACACGAAGACGAUUGGCUGUCUACUGCCUGAAGGAUGCCUACUUGCCCUUGCGGCUAUUGGAGAAGUUGAUGUGUGUCAUUAACUACAUGGAAAUGGCCAGAGUGACGGGCGUCCCCCUCCCCUAUCUCCUCUCACGAGGACAGCAAAUCAAAGUGGUCUCUCAGUUGCUCCGACAGGCAAUGAAACACGACCUGGUGAUGCCUGUGGUCAAAACAGAAGGUGGAGAGGACUACACUGGUGCCACUGUCAUCGAGCCAGUUAAAGGGUAUUAUGAUGUCCCUAUUGCAACCCUGGAUUUUUCCUCCCUAUAUCCAUCUAUAAUGAUGGCACAUAACCUCUGUUACACCACCCUGCUGAAGCCAGGUGCUGUAGAGAAAUACAAUUUUUCUUCAGAUCAGUUCAUUAAGACUCCGACAGGUGACCAAUUUGUCAAAGCUUCAGUGCGAAAGGGUUUACUUCCAGAAAUCUUGGAAAACCUUCUGUCUGCAAGGAAGAAGGCAAAGGCAGAACUAAAGAAAGAGACGGACCCAUUCAAACAAAAAGUUCUUGAUGGUCGUCAACUCGCCCUGAAAGUGAGCGCAAAUUCGGUGUAUGGGUUCACUGGAGCACAAGUUGGCAAGCUGCCUUGUCUGGAAAUAUCACAGAGUGUUACCGGAUUUGGCCGACAAAUGAUUGAAAAAACAAAACAGCUGGUUGAAUCAAAGUACACUAUCCCAAAUGGCUACAAAGCAGAUGCUAAGGUCAUUUAUGGUGACACAGAUUCUGUGAUGUGUAAACUAGGAACAGAGACAGUGGAGGAAAGCAUGACAUUGGGUCGUGAGGCAGCUGAGUGGGUCUCCAGCCACUUUAUUCCUCCUAUUAAACUGGAGUUUGAAAAGGUAUAUUUCCCAUAUCUGCUGAUCAACAAGAAACGCUACGCUGGUUUAUACUUUUCCUCCAACCCAAAUAACCAUGAUAAGAUGGAUUGCAAGGGUAUAGAGACGGUGAGAAGGGAUAAUUGUCCACUGGUAGCCAACCUCAUCAAUACCUGUCUUCAGAAGAUUUUAAUUGACAGGGAUCCAACAGGAGCAGUGGAACAUGCAAAGGAAGUUAUCUCCGAUUUGUUGUGCAAUCGGAUUGACACCUCACAGCUUGUGAUUACAAAGGAGCUCACGAGGACGGCUGAUGAGUAUGCAGGGAAGCAAGCCCAUGUGGAGUUAGCAGAAAGGAUGCGAAAACGAGAUGCAGGCAGUGCACCUAAUCUUGGAGACCGAGUGCCCUAUGUUAUCAUCAGUGCUGCAAAAGGUGCAGCGGCCUACAUGAAGUCUGAGGAUCCAAUCUAUGUCCUGGAGAACAACAUUCCAAUUGAUACGCAAUAUUAUCUGGAGCAGCAACUUGCAAAACCGCUCCUGAGAAUCUUCGAACCCAUCUUGGGAGAGGCCAAGGCAGAAGCUGUGCUCCUAAAGGGAGAACACACGAGAUGCAAGACUGUACUGACAUCAAAGGUGGGAGGGCUCAUGGCCUUUGCGAAGAAAAGAAGCACAUGCAUAGGGUGUAAAGCUGUGCUGAAUGAUGACAGUGCUGUUUGCAGUUACUGUAAGUCUCACCAGUCAGAGCUGUACCAGAAAGAGAUAUCUCAGCUGAAGCUGCUGGAGGAGAAGUUUUCACGUUUGUGGACACAGUGCCAGCGGUGUCAGGGUAGUCUGCACGAGGACGUGCUUUGUACCAGUCGGGACUGCCCUAUAUUCUACAUGCGGAAAAAAGUGCAGAAGGACCUUGGUGACCAGGAGAAAGUGAUGAUGCGAUUUGGACCCCCGACCUGGUGAUUACAGGAGCAAGAAACCAGGAGGUGUUGGGGGAUGCGUGGGGCGAGGCUGUUUUUAAAAUAAAUGAAUGGAAAGGUUUCUUCACAGGAUUCAGAAACUAAUUUUUUCUGCCCACUGACCACAUGUUACUGCCACGUGGAGAGAAGCUUAUUAAAUGUGAAAUUCUAAGCUGCAGGUUUGCUUUUAUCUCCUAGUUGUGAACAUCUUUCAAAUUGAGUAGGUACCCUUUCAAGGCCUGACUUCUUAAACUCAGCAUCUGAAGUAACUCAGGAACCUCUAUAUCAAAAGCAAGUGUGCGGUUUUUUAACCCUAAAUACGGUUUGUCAGACCUUUGGGGAAAGGGAGGAAUGGGCAAAGGAAGAAAAUGUUCGAAUAAAGAGUGCUGAAUUUUCAGAAGCCUUGUGAUAGAUCACAAAUUGUGAAUGAUUCAUUGGCUGUUUUACAAAAUAUGCCAUUGCAGAUGAGACAUUGUUUUGUACACUAAAGGAUGACCUUUGGGUUACCAAUGUGCCAAAUCUACCGCUGUUACAAAAAGCUGAGAGAUAUUUUUGAUACCUACUUCAUUAGUUGAAUUACUGACCAGUGGAUUGAUUGAAGUGCACAUGAUCUGAAUGAAUGGGUGAAAUUAAGUGUUAAUGAGGUGGUGUAUUUUUGUGUUAUUCUUAGAAAUCUUUCUUAGAUCUGCCAGGCCAAUUCGACGAAAUUGUCCACUGCAUCAGUACUUUGUUCAGUAGCUUCAGGGAUAUUUGAAUCUAUUUUGAUAAGCUGGAAGAUUUUCUCCCAUUCCAAUCAUUUGAUACAUUGCUACGUGCUGCUGACCAUCUCCUUUGUGCUUGUUAGGCAGCUGGAGUUGAAGGCAGCUUAUAGGGUUUGAGGGUAGGAUGCACCAAUGGGUGCAGCAUGUGUGUUCAUGAUUAGCUUACGGAGGAGAGUAAGAGUCGAGUGAGGAUUGAGAAGUUGCACUUGAAAUUGGGAACUCGGUUGAGGCACUGCGAUACAUUGUGUUAUGUUCUCUAACCAAUAAAAGUAAACCAUGCCCAUUCUUCUGGGUGUACCAGUAAACCACCUGGUGUGUGUAUGUGGAGCAGGAAAAACCAUUAGAAUUCAGCUUUAAAUAUUCCCCAGGUGGCAUGCUUUUUCUCGUAGUUAUAUUUUUUAAGCUCGCUGUCCCAUCAGAAUCUUUCGCAGUAACAGCCAGUGAAACCCGGGUCAUAAUUUGCCCUUGAACUAGUUGGCAAACGGAAUUUUUUUGGACAGCCAAUCUGUGGGAUCAGCUCUCUCUGUAGCCAGCUUUUCCACUGGUGGGAAAGUGCUGAGGCUGCAUUCAAUUUGUGUUGUUUUGGCUUUAGAAGGAACUUGAUAAUGGAUCUCUUAUUGGAUUGGAAGAGGAAUGGUUAUCAAAUGUGUUUAUCUCCUGAUUCCGCCUUUUCUGUAGCCAGUGGUUCAGGAUACAGUUCCAAUCAUCGGCACCAUUCUGGUACCUCCCCAAGUAAUUGGUCUUUGUGUGUGUUGUGUGGGCAGUGAUUCAUGUUGGGCUGCUCAAGAAUGAACACCCAUCCCAGUUAAACUUGACCUUUCAUCACCUGGCAUCCAGGUAUGGAAUUCCAACUGGGAUUUAUCAACAGAUAGCGAUCAGCAAAACAAACCUGGGCAAAUUUACCUCCGCCAACACCCAAGUCUCAAUAUUCUCAUUUCUAUUCUUGCUAAAUUGGCCAACAAAAUAAACCAAGGAUCAAAACUCAGGUCUCCCUGGUCUGUUUUGAUUUGGUGCUACAUCAGCUGGUGCAUUUACCUACUAAACUAUUUGAAAUUCCACCAUUCAACCACAUCCCAAGUUUUCAAUUGCAGUGUUCUUUAUGGCAUGGGUACGAUGGUCGUCAUUUUCUUAUUCACUGACAUGAAGCCAGUCCGUGUGGAAUUUAUUUGGUAUUUCACGCAAGUAUGACUUUGUACUAUAUAUUUCUAUAUAACCAUAUGUUUUUUGAGCAACGAUUUUUGUAUCUUGAGAAAUAAAAGUGUUAACUUGUUAUUAAACAGUCAUGUUCUUGUA